UUUCACUUCUGGCAGAAAGCUCAGUUUGCCUGCGGUUCGCUCAGCCCUGCAGUCGGCGGCUCCCUGCUCCAGCCCUGCGGCCUCUUGCGCCCCGUGCCGCUCGCGCUGCCCUUCCCUCGGUGACUGCCAUGGCUCCUUGCCUCCUUCAGACCUUCUCAAGUGACAUUUUGUCGAGUAAGCCCACGCGAUGGAGGGGUUGCUGCAUUACAUCAACCCGGCCCAUGCCAUCUCCCUCCUCAGUGCGCUCAACGAGGAGCGCCUCAAAGGGCAGCUGUGUGACGUGCUGCUGAUCGUCGGGGACCAGAAGUUUCGAGCUCAUAAAAAUGUCUUGGCUGCCAGCAGCGAGUAUUUUCAGAGUCUGUUCACGAAUAAGGAGAACGAGGCCCAAACCGUAUUUCAACUUGAUUUUUGUGAACCCGAUGCUUUUGAUAAUGUUUUGAACUACAUUUAUUCUUCGUCCUUAUUUGUCGAGAAAAGCAGUCUCGCCGCCGUCCAAGAGCUGGGCUACAGCCUCGGGAUUUCCUUUCUGACGAACAUCGUCUCGAAAACACCUCAGGCACCCUUUCCAACGUGUCCCAACAGGAAGAAGAUAUUCAUAGAAGAGGACGAAAGCAGUUCUCAGAAGAGAAGUGUCAUCGUGUGUCAAAGCCGAAACGAAGCACAAGGCAAAACUGCCGGUCAGAAUCAGCCCGACCUGAGCCACACCUCGCGGCCCUCCCCCGGCCUCGCGGUCAAGACCGGCACCGGGAAGCCCCACGUCCCAAAGCCAGCGGAAGCGCCUCACGCGUCGCCAGUAGCCGAAAAGACUUGGCCCAGAGAUGGCCCUGUGGGCUGCGCGAAGUCCCUCGAGCGUCCCGGCUCUGUGGACGACCCUCACAGAAGCAGCUUAGCAAAGAGCAAUGCGGUGCCGCCUGGCAAGCCGCUGCAGGACAGAGAGGGGACGGACGAGAAACCGUGUCUGAGCGGCCAGCUGCCCAAAGGAAAAGCCAUAGAGCUGGCCUUGAAGAGACCACGGCCGCCCGUCCUGUCUCUUCGAAGCGCGUCGGAGACCCCCUACGUGCUGAAGGAAACCGGCAAAGGAGGCGGCCCGGGCGAAGACAGGAACCUGCUGUACUAUUCGAAGCUGGGGUUGGUGGUCCCGUCCGGCGGCCCUGGUUCCGGAAAGCAAGGCAUCGACAGAAGCGGCCCGCUGGUGAAGAGUCUGCUCAGGCGCUCGCUGUCCAUGGACAGCCAGGUUCCCGUCUACUCGCCCGCCAUAGACCUGAAGUCUUCCCAGGGGCCCUCGGCAGCGUCCGGGGAGGUGCCCGCCAACGUGUUCUGUGCUCUGUCUCAAAAGCCGUCCGUGAAAGAGUGCGACGACGCGUCAGCCCUCGACGAGCGGACUCCGGCGCCCCAGCCGCACCGCCUCAGGUCCUUCAGCGCCUCUCAGUCCACGGACAGGGAGGGCGAGCCUGCUGUGGCCGAGGUGCGCGUCAAGACGGAGCCCCGCAGCCCGCUGUCGGACCCCUCCGACAUCAUCCGAGUCACCGUGGGAGACCCGGCGGCCGCGUCGUCCGUCACGAGAGACCUCUCCCUGAAGACCGAAGACGACCAAAGAGACAUGAGCAGACUCCCGGCCAAAAGGAGGUUCCAGGCGGACCGAAGACUGCCGUUUAAGAAGGUAAAGGAGGGCGAGCACGGGUCUCCGGUGUCCGAACAGAACUUGGAGGAGGGCUCGAGCCCUCCUCUCCCCGAUGCCGACUUUCCAGACUCUGACUUGAAUAAAGAGGAAUUUGGUGAGUUGGAGGGAACGAGACCAAACAAAAAGUUUAAAUGCAAACAUUGCCUUAAGAUCUUUAGAUCCACAGCAGGCCUUCACCGGCACAUUAACAUGUACCACAACCCAGAGAAGCCCUAUGCUUGCGACAUCUGCCACAAGCGCUUUCACACGAACUUCAAAGUGUGGACGCACUGCCAGACCCAGCACGGCGUGGUGAGGAACCCGUCGCCGGCCUCUAGCUCACACGCCGUGCUGGACGAGAAGUUCCAGAGAAAGCUCAUUGACAUAGUGAGAGAGCGAGAGAUUAAGAAGGCCCUGAUCUUUAAGCUGAGGCGCAGCAAGCCCGCUUUUCAGGCGCAGACUAGCUCCCAGGCCCAAGCCAUCAAGAGGAACUUGCGGUCCCGAGCCAAAGGAGCGUACGUUUGCACCUACUGCGGAAAGGCCUAUCGCUUUCUCUCGCAGUUCAAGCAGCACGUAAAGAUGCACCCGGGAGAAAAGCCCGUUGGCGUCACUAGAGCUGCUAAGCCCAGGGAGCAUGUUUCUCUGGAGAGCCCGGUAGAGAACAAGGAGGUUUACCAGUGCCGCCUCUGUAAUGCUAAGCUCUCUUCUCUUCUAGAGCAAGGAAGCCACGAGCGGCUGUGCCGAAACGCAACCGUUUGCCCCUACUGCAGCCUUAGGUUUUUCUCGCCCGAGCUCAAGCGGGAGCACGAGGGCAAGUGUGAGUACAAGAAGCUGACGUGCCUCGAGUGCAUGCGUACCUUCAAGUCCUCCUUCAGCAUCUGGCGGCACCAGGUCGAGGUCCACAACCAGAACACGAUGGCGCCGGCCGAGCACUUCUCCCUGCCCGGCCUGGACCACAACGGCGACGCGACCGCCGCCUCCAGGCCCCAGGCCCAGGCCGAGCCUCCGAAAGCCAACCACGCGGUGGCCGCCAAGGACGACGCCGCGUUCAGCGACUGUUCCGAGCAGGUGAACUUCGACUCCGAGGACUCUUCCUGCCUCCCCGAGGACCUCAGCCUUUCGAAGCAGCUGAAAAUCCACGUCAAGGAGGAGCCCGCCGAGGAGGCCGAGGAGGAGGCGCCCGAGGCCCGCGCGGCCGCCAAGGACGCGGGCCCCAGCAAGGACAGCAGCCUGUGGCCGUGCGAGAAGUGCGGCAAGACGUUCACGGCGCACAAGCAGCUGGAGCGGCACCAGGAGCUGCUGUGCUCCGUGAAGCCCUUCAUCUGCCACGUUUGCAACAAAGCCUUCCGCACCAACUUCCGCCUCUGGAGCCACUUCCAGUCCCACAUGUCCCAGGCCGCCGAGGAGCCGGCGCACAAGGACCCGGAAGCCUGCCCCGUCCCCACAAACUCGCCGUCCCCGCCCCCGCUGCCCCCGCCCCCGCCGCUGCCCAAGAUCCAGCCCCUGGAGCCCGACAGCCCGACGGGCGUGGCCGAGAACCCCGCGCCGGCCGCCGAGAAACUCUUUGUGCCCCAGGAAUCCGACACGCUGUUCUACCACGCCCCGCCCCUCUCGGCAAUCACAUUUAAAAGGCAGUUCAUGUGUAAACUGUGCCACAGGACAUUCAAGACUGCCUUCAGUCUUUGGAGUCACGAACAAAGCCACAACUGAAGGGCCGGCCCCUUCGGCCCCUUCCGGAAGGGGAGGCGGUCCCCAGGUUUCAACCCAAACUGUGAGCCGCGCAUGAGAUACAAAAUAUUUUUUGAAGAGAAGGAAUAAUAAAGGUUGGAAAUUGUUGCGCUUGAAUAGAAGCUCGAGGGAAAUCGAUAUUAAUUAGCAAAGUCCUUACUCAGCUUAGAAAAACUAAACUACGUCGUGCUCUGGACCUUACGGUCACACGACGACUGGACUUCAUCGAUGUUGAAAUUUUGAUCGAUCCCGGUUGUUUGCAUGGUUCCUCAUUCCACGGUGUCAGUAUACUCUUUUACUGGAGGUUGUUUUGGUUUUUUACUGAUUUGCAGCCCGUGAAAUACUACUUCAGUAUUUCUUUCGAUUAUAGCGGACACCUAAGUUCUACUUAAGCCUCAGCCAUGUCCUGGAGUCCUCAGCAUAUCAGGAGGAAGGGGAGAGUAGUCUGCAGUGUUGACUUAGAUCUUAGGAUACUUUAGCAAUAAAACAAUGAUAAGCCUCAACUGUAAUAAGUUAUCCUGACACUUGAUAACAAUAAAUAUUUGGUAUUUUGUGGUCACGUAGACAUUCUUUUGUAUGAAAGUUGUGAGGAAUUUAAAUCAGCAAUAGUAAUACUUAGAUUUUUAUAAAGUAACAAAACUUGCUCUUGGGUCACUUAAUAUAAUUAAGGACGGGAGACUUAGGAAAUGAAAACAGGAUUUCUAGAAGGUCUCUAAGUUUACAGAAACUUCAGUGACGCUAGGCGUUGUGGUCAGAGCUGGCGCUCCGGGCUGCGUGUGCACAUCCCGGCUUUCCGUUCUGACCACGCGGGGCACACGAAGCAUCUGGCGUCCUCUGACUUACCGCCGCCACAGAGGGAAAAUCCGAGCGCGUUUGGGACAGGAAACAAAGGUGGCACGAGGCGCUCACUGAUGUUGAGUUUAACCUCGUUGGUGUAACAGAUCGGGUCGGGGCUCACAUUUACGCUCGUGGAUCCCAGGCCCCGGGGUCCGUGCGGCACAGCGGCCCUGAGCCCGGAGUUGGCAUCGACUUCCGGAGCUGGGGAGCCGGGGAAACCCCACACCACGGUCUCCAGGCGCCCUCGACGGCGGUAUUUACAGCGUUCGGUUUCCUGCCUCUGUCUCCUGAGGAUUUCUGUUAGAAUUUGUUGGAGUUUAUUGUGGUCAAACGUCCUCAGUGCAAUCAUUCUGCUCUGAGUCACUGCUUUUAGUGUCUCAGGGAUCUGUGUGAAAGCGCGAUCAAGGGUCCAAAAUGAGUUUCCGCUACCUAAUAAGGCCCACAGGGUUUGGGCUGCCUUUUUUUUUUUUUUUUUUUUUCUUCUUCUUUUUCCUAUUUUGUAUGAGUUGCAAUUAAAAGGCUUUUGGGAGGGGCCACCCGAGUUCAGUGGGUGUCUCUAAAGGGAAAACUGUCUCACUCGCAGGUACUUAGGUACGUACAAGUGGAAAUACUAUUGAAAUUACAAAAGAGAUCCUUGUCAGGUAGUGCUAUGGAUGAAGUCUCCCAAGUUUAUUCAUUUUUUUUGCAAGCUGUUCUUUCAAAUAAAAAAGAGACUGUGGCUGAGAAACCAUCUGCUGAGUGUUUCCCUGUAUCCCGCUGCCACAGAGAAGGUUUCUGGCCUCGGUCUCGUCACCCACGUUCCGGACCAGCGGGAGGGAAGACACGCCUAACUUUUUAUCCAUACACAAGCAUUUUUAUACAACAGUAGUGGACUUUGUAGAUGAGAGAAAUUGCGGAUGAAAUUUUGCCUUUCUGUUUCCUUUUCCAUUUGAAAACUGUCCUAAGUCCCAAAGUAUUUUUGAGUGGUCGCUUCCUAUUUUUGUUCUUAGUUAAAUUUGAUGGAGAAAGGCAAAUAAAAUGAAGUCACAGCUACCGACGAUUGCCAUCUUUAUAUUUUCUGGAAGAAACCUAUGCAUUUGAAAGAUAAAACUAAAGCCUAGGAUUUUACGCAAAACAUCAGGAUGGAUUGUUGUUCACUGAAUGAGUCCCCCUUGUAAUGUGCCGUUUCUUAUUCGGAGCACCUUGGUAGCUGUCACUUCUUCAGAGGACAGUUUCCCUCAGAGUAGUCCCUGCUUCUGGCUGUUAAGAGUACGUGUGACAGUUCCACGGCACACAUCAUCUUGGCAUUGUAAAUUCAGUAUCCCAGGACUUGAACCUCUAUGCUACAUUUUUGAAGAUUUUUUGAUAAUGUUAAUCAGUAAAAAAUAUUUUUGAUCUAAAUACACGCUCAGCGUAUCUGUUGGACUUUGAAAAUUGCCAGUGUUUUGUCUUGUUAGUUCCCAUUUUUGUCUAGGCAAGGAGCGUAAGAUUUCAAAUAAAAUUUUGAACCAAAAACAUUUCUAAUGCAGUUCUGGUUUUUCUAUUACUUUUUAUACUGUACCUUCAAAGCGUCAGGCAGAAAGAGUUUAUUUUGGUGGUCAGAAAGUAAACUGCGCUUCCUCUCACGUGACUAUUUUCAAUGUUAGGAAGCAGAGUAAUGACAGACACGUGAAUCGCUUCAUUUAAGAAUGUCGAUCUCAGACAGCAGGCAGAUACUUGGUGUGAGACCAGAGGGUCUUUCCUUGUUACAUCUCCAGCUCAUAAAAGUGUUGAAAAUGUUUUUUCUGAUUAGAAUUAAUUUUUGAAAAUGUAGAAAGCUCAUUAUUCCUUGUAAGUAUUCAGGAUGCCUUUUUUUAUGCAGUUGUGGAAAGAAUGUAAGAUGUUUUAAUAUAUUCUUUGUUAAUCUGAGAACUUGCUGUGUUGAACCAUUUUCUUUAUGUGGGAGAGGGCGGGAGGGGCCGCCUGAAACACCUCUUUAUCAAAGCAAGCAGUGGAGGUUACAAAUGGUGUGUGUUUUUUGUAGUUAAUAUUUCAACCUAAUAGAAUAUUCACCUUUAAAACCAGUUAUGGCUAGUGUGCGUUCGUUAUUUUUAUCAAAAUACACAACUAAGGGUUCAACCGUGAGGUCAUUUUGCAUUUGUGGGGACAUGUGUGUGGUUCUUGGUUUUCUGUUUUGGAGUGGAUCGUUCACAGCCUUUUUAAAAAUAGACUCCAAGGGCGCCUGGGUGGCUCAGUCAGGUGAGCGUCUGACUUCAGCUGAGGUCACGAUCUCACGGUUACUUACGUGAGUUCGAGCCCCGCAUGGGGCUCUGUGCUGACAGCUCAGAGCCCGGAGCCUGCUUCGGAUUCUGUCUCCCUCUCUCUCUGCCCCUCCCCCGCUCACACUCUGUCUCUCAAAAAUGAGUAAAUGUUUAAAAACAAAUAAAUAAUAUACUCCAGCUCUUACUAACCAGUGGCGAUUGUAUCUACACACAGCAGCCAUUGGUGUUGAUGAGGGUAGAAGCUGGGGGACCAGAAGAAGAUGCCCUUUCCUGGAGGCAGGGGGUAUCUUCCUCUACGGGCCAGCGGUCCUUGCGGGUGAGGGACAGACAAGAACUCACUGGUCUAAAGUUGGCCUUCGUUCCCUCUGUGCGCCUGUGUGUGUGCGUGUGUGUGCGUGUACAUGACCAGAAUCCAGAACCUUAGGAAGUAAAGGUAUUUGAAUUUUCUUACUACAAAAAUAGAGUUCAUGUAGAACAGGUUUCUUUAUAAAUUGCACUAAUUCAUAUUGGAACCCUACAAGUCCGUUUUGUCAAUUUCUGAAUUCUCAUUGAUGUUUUUUUGUAAUAAGUGUGAAAAGCAUUAUUAUUUAAAUAAUGCUAAUACAGUAAGUUCUUUAACACUGGCUUUAUUAUUUUUUUUUUUUUUUUAAGUUUAAAACAUAGGGUUUUCUUUUGUGGCUUUAGCACUUUAAGAAGUUUUAUGUCUCCAUAAUUUGUCACGGGCUUGCUAGGUGCUUCUCUGCGUGUGCUCUAGCGAGCACUUCUUCCGCGCGCCUGGGGGACCCUGAGCAGCCGUGCUUACCUGCUGGAGGAGGAAACAUGGGUGAAUGUCAGGUUUCUUAAAUUCCUUUCAGAGACCAUCAUUUGGGAACCAAAGUAUUUGACUGUAAAUCUUGAAAAUAACUGAGUACUCCCUCAUCAUUUAUUAGUGCUGUUCUCAAAUUGUCCACAAAGUUUCUCCUCGGUUAAUGUUAAUUUUCAAAAGGUGAUAAUUUUUUAUUGACAUUAAUCCAGUACUUCAACAUUUUCCAUUGAAUAAAUGCUUAUUAUUAAGCAAAUGUGGUUAUAAACAAAUUGCGUGUAUUUUGUUGUCAGAUGCCUUAGCAGACUAAAUCAUUGUUCAAUUUUAUUUAGGAAUGAGCUUUUUGGAACUCAAAAUUCAUGGUAAAAUAGGAUUUCUAUCUAAUGUUAAUCCAUUGCUUUUUCUGUAUCCAAUUCCAUCGUCUGUUUCCUUUGCUUAAAUCUUGACUAAGAAUGAUUGGAGUCAAUAAAUUUGUACUGUAUUUUGUUUGGA